AUGGAGAGUUACCAUUCCAAGACUCGUCUUUUGGACGCGGAUUUUUUAAAUGCUGAUUUCGACAGUGGAAUUUCAAACGGAGAAUUAAGUGAUAGCGGCUCGACAUCUGGCUACUCAUCAAGUGAUUCCACGUCUCUCAGACAUGAACAGCCUGCACUUGUCACUAAAGUUCGACACGAGAGUCCACCGGAAGUGAUGAUAUUUAGCAGCACGAGUGCCCUCUGUGACAGUCUCCAGUACAUCCUGACCAUGCCCGAGCUGUGUGACGUCACAUUCUUAGUGGGUAAAGAGAGAGCGGCAGUGCACGGAGUUAAAGCCAUCUUGGCUACACGAAGCAGGAGGAGCGAGAUCUAUCUCGACUAUAGAGCUCUUGCCUUAGGUACCUGGUCGAAGGAUCGAAUCCCUUCGGUGGACCCAUUCUCUGAUUGUGUUUUACUCCAUUUCUAA